AAUGGUAGGCUACAGUAAGCAUUACAUUCUAAACUCCGCCCUCGUUGUCUGCGCAGGAAAAGCCUUCGCGAGCUCAGUGGAAAAUCCGCCACUUCCCAUACGCAGCAUCUGCACCGACGUAAUCAAACAAUAGGCAACCCCUUCCCUGAAGUAAGGAAUUGAGAUCCCCUACAUUGGAGUUUUGCCCAUAGUGCAUUUGUUUUUGUAGCCGAUUGUAGACUAGCCUACACGGCUUGACUCCCAUUCUGGAAAUCCCCACCCUGUGUGCAUUGACACAGGAAACAUUUGCCGUGAUCGUGACAGGCCAGCUUCGAAGGGCGAUAGACGAGAAAAGAACAAAGUACGAAUCAGCCGGAACCUUUCCCGGUCAGGUGUCAGUUAGGUAUGGCUGAUCUGCUGAAGCUGCUGCUGCGUGUGGCAGAGAAGGCGGCCAACGUGGCCCGUGUGUGCAGGCAGGAAGCCCCUCUCUUCCAGCUGCUGGUCCAGGAGAAGACUGGGGUGGACAAGAACAAGAAGUUUGUCCAGGACUUCAAGACGCUGGCCGAUGUGGUAAUCCAAGAGAUGAUCCGCCAUGAUGUUGGAGCUCAGUUUCCCGAAAUUAUUGAUCAUAUACAAGGAGAGGAAUCUAACAAGUUUGAAAAUGGACUAGGUGAGUGUGUGAUAGUCACAGUGUGUGGGACAGAGAAGGAGACGGCCGCGUUGCUGGCCACGGUGCUGGACGGGGACCAGAUGGCGGCGACUCUCCUGGCGUGUGCCAUCCACCAGGACGCUACGCUCACACUCACAGGCACAGACGACCUCCACAUACCCCUCAGCCCCUCUGACCUGGGCAUCUGGAUUGACCCCAUCGAUGCCACUAGCCAGUACAUUCAGGGUCGUGAGGAGGUGGUGGAGGAGGGCUGUCUCUGUUCUUCAGGUCUGCAGUGUGCCCUGGUCCUGAUCGGGGUAUACAUCCGCGCCACUGGGGAACCCGUCAUAGGGGUCAUAAACCAGCCCUUCAACCACAAAGACCCAACAGGCUGGAAGGGGAAGCAUUUCUGGGGUGUGUCAUAUGGGAGCGUCAAAGCCUGCUCGGUGCUCCGACCUAAAGACAGACCUACAGAAUGUCCAGGACUAUCGGUGGUGCUGAGCUCCAGUGAGAAGCAGGCGGUGAAGGAGGCCUUGGCCCCUCUGUGUGGGCCUGACAGGCUGAUGUAUGCCUCGGGGGCCGGAUACAAGAUCCUGUGUGUGAUCCUGGGCCUAGCUGACGUCUACGUCCUCUCCGAGGGCAGCACCUUCAAGUGGGACUCCUGCGGCCCCCAUGCCCUGCUCCUUGCACUGGGUGGGGGGAUGCUGGACCUUAAAGAGUGCCUCCGCUUCGGCCACUGUGAGGGGGGGCACCAUGACCAGGGGGAACUAACUUACCACCAAUCCCACUCAGAGAGCACUGGGGCAGACCGCUGGGCCAACCAGGGUGGCCUGGUGGCCUACCUAGACUGUCAAAUGCUUCAUAGGGUUAUUGGGGAACUGAAGGGAAAGUUUUAAAGGAAGAGGCAUUGAUUAUGGUGAAGGGCACAAGUAGCUGUAUCAUUGCUUAUAGGGACGUGCUGCUUAAUGUCAAUUUUUGGAGGAGCUGUUUUUAAAAAAUCUACUAUGCUGUUAAAGUUAUUUUGUAAAAGCUAGAUGUAUAUGCAAAUAUAUAGUAAGGAAUGUAAACAUGUUAAACUAUCUACAGUAGCUGGUAUGUUAAAGGUGUUUCGUAAAAGAUUAAGCUGCAUCUAACUUUUACAGUUACUGGUUUUCUCAUUGACAGGAAGCGUGUUGGUGGCAAACAAAUCUAACUUCAGGAAAGACCUGAGUGCUGUUUAAGUAAAACUUAUUCCAAAGCAAGAUAAUCAGAAUCGAGAGACUGGUAUGAACAGGAACAAGCAUGGUUCAGGGAACAGUAGCACACACUGCAUAGCUGAAACAUGAUUUUUGUCUGUCAUACCAAAAUGUGGCACAUGGCAAUAACCCUGCUUUUGAUUGGUUAAGGAUCUCUGCUGGACUUACCUGAAUAUUACUCGAUGGCCUAGUUGAAGUAUAGUGGGACAGGGAGACAUAGUAAAUAUCCCAAGUGUCCCCCCUUGACAGAAGCACUAAUGGUGUGUGUGUGACAGGCGAGAGCGGAGAGGACUCAAAUAAACUGGCUUCCGGGAAUCUGCAGCGGCCCAGAAAAGGCCUUUUAUGGAAAAGAGGUGCAUUUGACACUGUUUCCAUAGCUCUAGCUGUAUGACUUAGGAUAAAUCAGGGCAGAGGAUGGAAAAACACGAGGUGCAGCAAUCAACAAUGAAACGGGGGCUAGUGUUAAUUUACUGUAAAUUAAGGAUUAAACCCCUUUUGAAGGAAAGGAACUGUCACACAGCCAGGUUAGUUGAUUUCUGGAGAUAUAGCAUGAUUCAGGGGUAUUUAAACCCAGUCAGGUACUCCAUUUAUUGAAUAAAAAGAGUUACAGGAUUAGGUUUGUUUAACAUAAGUCCACCUGUCCUGUACCAAGGGGGUGGUGUGGAGAUUCAUUUUUAUUAUUUUCCACAACUACUUGCACCACUUCAUUGGCACACCCAAGAAUCUAUUGGGAUGCGGUCCAAAGUGGUUGUCAUUACUAAAUGUGGCUGUCUAUGGCCUUCCAUCAGAAAAGCAUGACAACCACUCAGGUCUGUGUUGUGGACCACUUCUGUAUAAAGACUGGUUUGAUCUACUGUAUGUUUAAAAUUUGUGUAUUGUAAAAGGCCAUUUCAUGAGUGUGCUCCAGAAGUGCCAUUAGCAGGUCCCCUGGUUUCUGCUCCAUUGGAAUUAUCCACCAUUCUCCUGUCUUGUGAGAGUCAGAAUUUGAAGACAGAAUUCAAUCCACAAAACAAUGAAAGUCCAUUCAUCCAUCUGAAAUCAACUUUACUAUGAAAUCCAGAGAAAAGGAAAAUCAACUGAACACUGAUGUUUCACAAUUGUAAUAAACUCUUGCCAGCAAACUCACUUUCCUACCCAAAAAACUGGAAAAAAUGCAAGUGCCCCGCACAUUUAA